AUGGGAUCGCGAAAGCGCACCCGCUCGGAGGCCAUGCCGAUGACCGAGCAACAGACCCCAGAGACCUCAGAGCAGCCUGGUUUGCUCACACAGCUCAGAAACAACUGGGCAUUUGCAAGCGUCAUGCAGUACAUCGCCAUCUUUGGCCAGGUCAUGAAGAUUGACGAGGAUUUUGGAAUCGAGGAGCUCGAAGUCGAAUGCCUCAAGCCUGAACCAUCUCACAAACUAAUGGAGAUUGGAUUGUGUCUUCUCAAGUGGAUUUCAUCGCAUCGCGGUCUUACGUUCGACAAUUUCGAUGAGUACACCCGACGCCAGUUCAAUGCGAAGGCACCCAAUAAACCAAACCCCUUCGGACAAGAGGAAGAACCGAAAAAAUUCAUUGAUUUCGAUGUCUUCACCAAGCUACGUGUGUUGCACCAACUGACAACUUGGACAUUCUGGAAUCCCGACCGCAUUCGCGAUAAGAUGCCGGAAAAGAAGGAAACCGAACAGAUAGAAUGGCGCAUUGAAGAGUUCGGAUGGGACCGCGAGGGACGUACAUACUAUGUUCUAGAUGAUAACCGCCUUUACCGUCGCACCGAUCCUCCCCUGCCUCCCCCUACGAAGCGCCCCAAGAAGAAGGCAAAGAGCCGAUCCUCCCGAGCAUCAAGAACCUCGAAGCGCGUCUCCACGGCAGCGGCGGAUGAUGCAUCCGGGGAUGAGAACAAAGAGUUCGACGAUGCAAGUGCCGCCGCAGCCUUUGCCGAAGACCCUUUUAAGUGGGAGUGUGUUGCUGUAACACUUCCUGAAUACCAGGCUUUCUUGGAGACGAUUCAAAGGACGAAAGACGCGGACGAGAAGCAACUUCGCGACAACAUCACUGAGCACGUCUUGCCUAUUUUGGAAAAGGCAGAGGAAGCGCAACAGCGUAAGCGCCAGAAACGUGAAAAGGAACUUUUGAGCCUGCAACUCGUCGCGGGUGCGAAGCGAUCUAGUCGACUUGCCGCAAAGGAGGAGAGGGAGCGACAGGAACGCGAAGCCGCUGAAGCUGCUGAAAAGCAUGAACGCGACCUUGCCGAAGCUCGCAAGGAGCAGGCGAAACAGCAACAGCUCGAACGGGAUCGCCAGUCACGUAUGAUGACUCGGGAACAACGCAUCAAAGACCGUGAACAGAAGCGUCUGCUGCAUGAGGCGGAGCUCGAAAGAAUUGCGGAAGAACAAGAACGAAUUGAGAGGGGCGAAAGCAGGGUUUCUGCCCGGAACCUGAAGGCCGACCUGGAGAAAUCUCAGAAGAAUCUGGCAGACCUUAGUCAAGAGGAUCAAUGGAUCUUCGACUGCUCUGGCUGUGGAGUAUAUGGCGAGAACUUGGAUGAUGGAAGUCACAGUGUUGCAUGCGAAAAAUGCAGUGUGUGGCAACAUAGCAAGUGUCUCGGUAUUUCACAAGAAGCGGCAGAGAAGGACGACUUCCACUUUGUCUGCCGGGAUUGCAAGCAAAAGGUGGAAGACGCCAACAAGCCCAAAAUUCCUCCGCUCAAAUUCAGAGUCAGCACUUCCGCAUCUCCUUCUGAUGCUCCACAAGCUGGGAAGAAGCGCAAGAUAGAGGAUGAUGAGAAUCAUGCUCCGCCCUCGCCUGUGAAGAGAUCACACAUGGCGCUAUCCACUGUUCAAAACGAACCAUCACACUCUCAACCUAUUCUCCAAUCACCCGCUGUCGGCCAUGGCAACUUCUACCCUCCUCCGUCUCCUCAGCGCCCAGUCCACCACAUGAUUAACACACCUCUGCCCUCUUCUAGCCCUCCUCGUCCCCCAUUUUCUCCGCCCAAGGGCAUGAAUGGUCUGCUUCAUACCUCUGUAGAGCAGCACCCACGACCUUCCUCCCAGCAGGCUUUGCCGCCUAUGCAGCAGGCUCCUCAUCUUCCCCCCAUCGGGUCCUUCCAGUCUGUGCGGCCUAUGUCCUCUCACUCGACUCAAAGUCCCAUCCAGAAUCAGCCAUCGAUGUCGCCUACGCAGGGCAACCGCGAUGUUGGGCCCCUUGCGGGCUUCCCGCCUGUUGCCCCCAACCAUGCACCCUCUCCAUGGGGUUCUUUCGAGACUCCGCGCCCACAGUCCGGUCACGGAGGCACGCCCUCGAUGUCGAGCAACUACCCGUCUUUCUCCGCCGCAACUCCCAACGGCCAUCAUUCUUCGCCUCCACAAAGCUCCCACGGCAUGGGGAUGUCUGGGAUUAGUCCAACUAAGCAGUCUCCUCGUCCACCGACUGCCAGUGGCAUGGCUGGCGCACCCGUCUUGCCGCCCAUCCGCCGUCUCGAGCCGAGCCCGAAGCUCAUGGGCCGAAGCUCUCCAGAUGCCCCCAUUCCCCCUCCUGUCAAGUGCAUGACUCCGGAGCAGGAGGAACGUCGGCAGCGAGAGAAUGCUUCAAUGCUGCACCAGGCCUACCACUACCAGAGCAAUGGCCAGCAUCCGAUGUCGUCGCCAUCUCUGAACCGCAUCCCUCCGUUGGGCUCAGGGGCUGUUUCGCAGUAUCCUGAUCCGGUUCCUUCUCCUUAUCACGGAAGCAAUGGUCAGAGCAAUGGUCAGAAUCACGGUCAGAAUCACGGUCAGAAUCACGGUCAGAACCAAUAA